GUGAUAUCUCUGUGCCUCGUGAUAUCUCUGUGCCAGGUGAUAUCUCUGUGCCAGGUGAUAUCUCUGUGCCAGGUGAUAUCUCUGUGCCAGGUGAUAUCUCUGUGCCUGGUGAUAUCUCUGUGCCAGGUGAUAUCUCUGUGCCAGGUGAUAUCUCUGUGCCAGGUGACAUCUCUGUGGCAGGUGACAUCUCUGUGGCAGGUGAUAUCUCUGUGCCAGGUGACAUCUCUGUGCCAGGUGAUAUCUCUGUGCCAGGUGACAUCUCUGUGCCAGGUGACAUCUCUGUGCCAGGUGAUAUCUCUGUGCCAGGUGAUAUCUCUGUGCCUGGUGAUAUCUCUGUGCCAGGUGACAUCUCUGUGCCAGGUGACAUCUCUGUGCCAGGUGACAUCUCUGUGCCAGGUGACAUCUCUGUGCCAGGUGACAUCUCUGUGCCAGGUGACAUCUCUGUGCCAGGUGACAUCUCUGUGCCAGGUGACAUGUCUGUGCCAGGUGAUAUCUCUGUGCCAGGUGACAUCUCUGUGCCAGGUGACAUCUCUGUGCCAGGUGAUAUCUCUGUGCCAGGUGACAUCUCUGUGCCAGGUGACAUCUCUGUGCCAGGUGAUAUCUCUGUGCCAGGUGAUAUCUCUGUGCCAGGUGACAUCUCUGUGCCAGGUGACAUCUCUGUGCCUGGUGAUAUCUCUGUGCCAGGUGAUAUCUCUGUGUCAGGUGAUAUCUCUGUGCCAGGUGACAUCUCUGUGUCAGGUGAUAUCUCUGUGGCAGGUGACAUCUCUGUGGCAGGUGACAUCUCUGUGCCAGGUGACAUCUCUGUGCCUGGUGAUAUCUCUGUGCCAGGUGAUAUCUCUGUGCCAGGUGACAUCUCUGUGGCAGGUGACAUCUCUGUGCCAGGUGAUAUCUCUGUGCCAGGUGACAUCUCUGUGCCAGGUGAUAUCUCUGUGGCAGGUGACAUCUCUGUGGCAGGUGACAUCUCUGUGGCAGGUGACAUCUCUGUGCCAGGUGACAUCUCUGUACCAAGUGGCAUCUCUGUGGCAGGUGACAUCUCUGUGGCAGGUGACAUCUCUGUGCCAGGUGACAUCUGUGCCAGGUGA